AUGGCUCCUGCUUUCUCUUCCAUUGGUGGUUUGAUUCUUGAUGAUAUUGUUUAUCAAGAUGGUAGACGCGUCAAUAACAUAUUAGGGGGUGGUGGUGUGUUUGCAAUCUAUGGCAUGAGAAUAUGGCAAUCGAAUUCAGAUUCUAAAAAUGUGGGUUAUGUGAUCCAUAAAGGGUUUGAUUAUCCUGCUCAGGUUGAUGACCAACUGAAUCAGUUGGACAUUGCUAUUCAGUCUAUCGUUCAUUCUGAUAAACACACCACAAGAGGACUCAACACGUUUGGAGAGAAUGAUCAUAGGGAUUUUGAAUACAUUCACCCUAUCAUUCGUGUCACAGCCAGUGAUUUCCCUGAUAGUUGGAUCAAAUCAAUCAAAAUACUACACUUGAUUUGUUCUGCUGAAAGAGCUAUUGAAAUAAUUGAUGAAUGGAGAGAAAGAGAACAAGUGUUGGCUGCAGUAGACAAGACACAGUUUAUAUGGGAACCUUUACCAUGGGCAUGUCUUCCCGAGAAUCUAGAGCGUAUUUAUGAAGCAUCUCAAAAGGUGGAUAUCAUUUCACCCAAUCAUGAAGAAUUAGCAGAUAUGCUAGGCACCUCAUUUCAUGAUUUACUCAUCCAACACAACCAUGAUUUCAAAGCGACUGUGGCAUACUGCGGUCAACAAUUUGUACAACAUGUAGAUAAAGUAUUGGUCGUACGUGCCAGCAAAUAUGGUGCUAUGGUCAUUUCAGAUGGAAUACAUUGGAUUCCUGCUUAUUCUAAACAAGAGGAUGUUGUUGAUGUGACUGGUGCUGGCAAUACAUUUUGUGGUGGGUACGCUUAUGGUUGGAUUCACACAAAAGGAGACCCAGUAGAAUCUGCUUAUUAUGGUGCUGUCUCUGCUAGCUAUACUGUAGAACAAGUAGGUGUGCCUGUAUUCAAUCAUGGAGAAUGGAAUCAUGGACCUAGUCCAGAAGAAAGACUAGCUAGAUUAAAGGGUUUAUUUGUUUGA